GAUCCAAGAUGGCGACGCACAUGUCGAAGUGCAGAACCUGGAGUCGUGUUCAAAGGUUUGGGAUCGCAGCUUACAGAAAUUACAGCAGUGGUGGCCAAUACCCGAAUAUUUCCCUCGCUACACCGCUGCCCGGGAUCCCCAAGCCAGUGUUUGCAUCUGUGGAUGGUCAGGAAAAAUAUGAGACCAAAAUCACUACUCUAGAAAAUGGCCUCAAAGUCGCGUCCCAGAACAAGUUUGGUCAAUUCUGCACAGUUGGAAUUUUAGUAAAUUCUGGAUCCAGACAUGAAACAAAAUACCCGAGUGGAAUAGCACACUUCAUAGAGAAACUUGCCUUUUCUUCCACAGCUCAGUAUGGGAGUAAGGAUGAAAUCCUCCUCACGCUGGAAAAACAUGGAGGUAUCUGUGACUGCCAGACAUCAAGAGAUACCACCAUGUAUGCAGUUUCUGCUGAAGUGAAGGGCCUGGACACAGUGGUCAGUCUGCUCUCUGAUGCUGUUCUACAGCCUCGCCUGCUCGAUGAAGAGAUCGAGAUGACCAAAAUGGCGGUGCGCUUUGAGUUAGAAGAUCUCAACAUGAGGCCAGACCCUGAACCCUUACUCACUGAGAUGAUCCACGCUGCCGCAUAUCGAGGCAACACAGUCGGACUGCCUCGCUUUUGUCCUGUAGACAAUGUGGACAAGGUUGACAAGGGAGUGCUUCACAGCUACCUGCGUAACUACUACUGUCCUGAGCGGAUGGUGCUGGCUGGAGUGGGCAUCGAGCAUGAGCAGCUGGUUGACUGUGCCAGAAAGUACCUGCUGGAUGUGAAGCCCGUGUGGGGAACGAGUUCAGUAGCCAACGUGGAUCUGUCCGUCGCACAGUACACUGGUGGCAUCGUCAAGAUGGAGAAGGAUAUGUCAGAUGUGAGCCUUGGCCCCACCCCGAUCCCAGAGCUCACCCACAUCAUGAUCGGCCUGGAGAGCUGCUCCUUCCUGGAGGAUGACUUCAUCCCUUUUGCAGUGCUCAACAUGAUGAUGGGUGGAGGUGGCUCGUUUUCUGCAGGAGGACCUGGGAAAGGCAUGUUCACCCGCCUGUACCUGAACGUUCUGAACAGACAUCAUUGGAUGUACAAUGCCACAUCCUACCACCAUAGCUAUGAGGACAGCGGUCUGCUGUGUAUCCAUGCCAGUGCAGACCCCAGACAGGUGCGGGAAAUGGUGGAGAUAAUAACCAGAGAGUUCAUUCAGAUGGCUGGCAGCGCAGGAGAGAUGGAGCUGGAAAGGGCCAAGACUCAGCUCAAGUCCAUGCUGAUGAUGAACCUCGAGUCGCGGCCGGUUAUUUUUGAGGAUGUUGGUCGCCAGGUUCUCUCCACAGGAAAGAGAAAGCUGCCACAUGAACUCUGUGAUCUAAUAAGCAACGUGACGGCCAGUGACAUUAAGAGAGUGACCACCAAGAUGCUGCGUAGUAAGCCUGCAGUCGCAGCUCUGGGGGACCUGACGGAGCUGCCCUCGUACGAACACAUCCAGGCUGCCCUCACCAGCAAAGACGGACGUCUGCCCCGCAUGUAUCGUCUCUUCCGAUAGACCCCAUGGUCAUUGAGCCGGUCAUCACCGGCGAGCAUCACUGUAAAUAAACUGGACUGGAAGAUGAAACUAGUGUUCCCUCCCACCACCGAACUCGACAUGGCUCACUGUGGGAGUGGACUAAUACCCGGGCUCUCGACUGAACCUCUGAGAGUGGGGAUUUUAAAGAAAAGUUCCAUUUUACUCGACAGUAACCUUAGUCUACACACCGUUGGAGUAUCUGUAUUUAUUGUUUGUGGUCAAGAAGCCAUAUUUCAUUAUUUACUGGGAUGGUUUGCAGGAGUUUGGCUUUAAAGGGAUGAUUCACCCACAAAGCCAAUAAAGUGUUGAUUUCCCAUUUAAAAACUGCAAUACCAACCUGUUAUGUUUAAGUUUGUGAAUGAAUGACGUUACAAUGUGAAACCAUCUUCAAAGUACAUAAGCACAUAGGCAAGAGAAGGGAGCAGCUAACCUCAGCAGCAGGUAGUUAUUUUGUAUGGAUCUAUUAUUUUUCUGAGAUGUAUAAAAUUCACCAAGCAAGACCUCGAGCUUUCUCGGAUGGAUCAAAAAACUUCGAAAUGUUACCAUGUACAAGAGCACUUCAUAAUCUGCCUUCACAGGUACAGCAGACACUAUACACAGCGAUGGUAAACUGAAUAAAGAAAUGCUUGGAAAUUGUGGGCUAACUGUGAGAAACUCUCAGCUGUACCCAAUUUGUCCACAAGACUGAAAUCAUGGUUUCUGUCAUCAUUAUGUUUUGGAUGUAAGAUUGAAAUCUUAAGUUCCUUUUUAACAUUUUUGUAGUUGUAUUGAUGUCCUCACAAAUUAAAAAUAUAUGAAAUUUAACCAGUCAAAGGAAAGGUUUGCCUUUGGGAAAUAUGCGUACUGGCUUUCUGGCAGAGAGCAGAGUGAUACUGCUUUAUAUGAAAGUGGCAUCAAUCUUACCAUCCAUAAGACAUUUCAUAAAGUUUCAGUGAACACCCAAAUACACCAGUGGCUUCUGCAGUGAAUAUGUUAACAUCUGUGUACCAACAGGUAAAUAAAUUACUU